UCCGGUGAUCUGGAGGCCUGCAUACCCAUAGAACGCAAGUUCCGGCGGACUAAGUGUCACUUCCGGUGGAGUGGGUUACUUCCGGCUGCUAGAGUGCGACUUCCGGUGGCCUGUCUAGCACUUCCGGUGAGAUUCAUUACUUCCGGUCCAUAGAGCGCGACUUCCGGCGCACUCCCUGGCGCUUCCGGUGAGUUGGAUCACUUCCGGCCGAUAGAGCGCGACUUCCGGCGGUCCGACGGUCGCUUCCGGCAUCCUGGAGCGCGGUGCAGAGAGCCCCUGCUGAUGCCUGUCCCGGGCUGUGGCGGCUCCGGCCGGAGGAGCUGGCGCUGGGGAAGGUAAUAUUGCAUCAUUUGAACAGCCCGGUUAAAUAACACGCUGUCAUCGAACGUCACGAGUGAGCGGUUAGCGCCCGGGGAGGAUUCCGGUUAUCUGCGGCUGCGGGGAAGAGGAGACGAAGCGGUGAAAAUAAAUAAUAGGCAGUAAAAACCGGAAUAACGAAAACGUCCCCGCUGCCGGAGACACCGCCACCCGCUCCCUCGCUGUGGCAUCGUACGUCGCGCCCACAACCUGGUCAGGAACGACGCGCUUGAGUUUUUCUGUCUGGAAAAGAAAAGACGGCGUUGUUGGCGUUUGCGUCCGCCGAGACUGCGCGCGCUGCCAGGCUGGCACCGGCGCUGCCUUCGGACAGGACAGGCUGCCAGAGCAGAAUUCCAUCGCGUAAGGGGACACAGCGCUCCCAGCCCCGCAUGGACCCAGGUGCCCACGGCCCCAAGGCAGGAGCGAACCGGGGAGACGCCGGAGCAGCAGGUGACGCGCAGGAGGAGCUCACGGAGACGGGGGGCACGUCCCCCGGGCAGGAGACGGAGCAGGAACGCGAUGGAAGUAGCGGGACGUCGCGGUCGCGCCCCAACACGUGCGAGGCGUGCGGGAAGAGCUUCAGCCUGCGUUCCAACCUGCUGACCCACCGCCGCAGCCACCUGGGCGAACGGCCCUACGCCUGUCCGGAGUGCGGGCGCUGCUUCGGGCAGAGCUCCCACCUCCUCACACACCAACGGCUUCACACCGGCGAACGGCCCUACCGUUGCCGCGACUGCGGCCGAAGCUUCAACGUUAACUCGGACCUGGUGAAGCACCGGCGGACGCACACGGGCGAACGGCCCUACCCCUGCCCCGAGUGCGGGCGGCGUUUCGGCAGCAGCUCCAACCUCACCCGGCACCAACGGCUUCACACGGGCGAACGACCCUACCGCUGCCCCGACUGCGGCGAGAGUUUUCGGGACUGCCCGUCGCUCACCAUCCACCGACGCGCCCACACCGGCGAGCGGCCCUACCCCUGCCCGGCGUGCGGCAAAGCUUUCACCGACAGCUCGCUGCUGGCCAAGCACCAACGCACUCACCGCGCCGAGAAAUCCUUCGCCUGCCCCGACUGCGGCAAAAGCUUCUCCACCAGCUCCUACCUGCUGCGGCACCGCCGAACCCACCUGCCCGAGAAGCCGUACCGCUGCGGGGAGUGCGGCCGCGGCUACAGCCAGUUCGCCCACCUCACCACCCACCAACGCGUCCACACCGGCGAGCGGCCUUACGUCUGCCCCGACUGCCGCAAGAGCUUCACCACCAGCUCCGCGCUCACCAAACACAAGCGCGUCCACACCGGCGAGCGACCCUACGUCUGCCCCGACUGCGGCAAGAGCUUCACCCAGAGCUCCAACGUCAUCACCCACUGGCGCCUGCGGCACGGAAAAUCCCUCUGUGGGAGGAGGGAUGAGGAUGAGGACAGGGAUGAAGACAGGGACGGGGAAGAGGAGGAGGAGGACAGGGAUGGCAACGAGGAUGAGGAUGAGGAUGGGGAUGAAGAUGAGGACAGGGAUGGCAACGGGAAUGAGGAUGAGGAUGGGGAUGAGGAUGAGGACAGGGGUGUGGAUGGGCUGAACUUCCUGGGUCACCGGCGGCUCCUCCAUCCGGGAGCCGGGGCGGAGCAGCCCGAAGGCGGCCGGCGGCUCUUCCCCGAGCAGCCGGGACCGCGGCAGCCCGAGGUGCUGCCGGGUUUCGAAGCGGCGGGCGGCAUCGGCAUCAUGCAGGACAGCUACGAGUCCCUGAUCCUGCUGGACUUCCCAAUUCCCAAACCCAACGUCAUCUCCCGGCUGGAGCUGGAGGAAGAGCUGGGGGUGCCGGAUCCGAACGAUUCCAAGGAAUGGGAAAUCCUCAGGGUGGCCCCCGCAGAUGACGGGAUGGGGAGUGAGAACGAGGAGGAGGAGGGUCCCGAACCGGACGGUCCCGAGAUGGCGGAGCUGGACGUCAUCCUGUCGCGGGGGGCAGAGGAGGGCGUCCCCCAGUCCCCCGUGCUCGGGGACGCCUGCCAAAGCCGCCGCGACCCACCCUGGGACCCCCGGGAUCCCCCCGAGGAACAUCUGACGCGUCCUCCCCGCGGCGGUGCGGUGACCGGCGGUCGAGGGGGUCGACGGGCGCGAAGGGGAGACGCCCCGAAAACCUGCCGGCAGUGCGAGAAGACCUUUUCCCGGCGGUCGGAGCUGCUGAUCCACCAACGGUUGCACACGGGGGAAAAACCCUACAAGUGCCUGGACUGCGGGAAGAGCUUCACCCGCAGCUCGAACCGCAACGCCCACCAACGCAUCCACAGCGGGGACAGACCCUACAAGUGCCCCGACUGCGGGAAAAGCUUCGGCCAGAGCUCGGACCUGGCGAAGCACCAGCGGCUGCACGCCGGCGAACGUCCCUACGCCUGCGCCAAAUGCGGGAAAAGCUUCAGCUGGAGCUCCGAUCUCGUCGUCCACCAACGCAUCCAUACCGGCGAACGACCCUACAAGUGCCCCCAGUGCGGGAAGAGCUUCAACCGUAGCUCCAACCUCAACACGCACCAGAGGACCCACCUGGGCGAACGGCCCUACAAAUGCGCCGACUGUGGCAAGAGCUUCAGCUACAGCUCGGCGUUCCUCAAGCACCAACGUACCCACACCGGCGAGAAACCUUACCAGUGCACCGGUUGCGGCAAGAGCUUCUUCGAAAGCUCGGCGCUCAUCCGUCACCAACGUAUCCACACCGGCGAGACCCCCUACCAAUGCCCGCACUGCGGGAAGAGCUUCAAGCAGAGCUCGGCGCUCAUCACCCACCUGCGUACCCACACCGGCGAGAAGCCCUACCAGUGCGGCGAUUGCGGCAAGAGCUUCAUCGUCAGCUCGGCGCUCAUCAGGCACCAACGGGUUCAUCUGGGACAUACCCCAGCACCAUGUCACCGAAGCGCUGCAGAGGGUCCGCAGCCCCCCAAGCUGACCACGGCAAGGUCGCCGCCGCCGCCGAGGCCGAAACCGCGUCCCGCGGCCGCGGCGGGCGAAAACGUAAGGAGACGGUGGUCCGUCAACGCGCGGCCGGGCGGGGAGCACCCCAACAUCUGCGUGGAGUGCGGCAAGAGCUUCGCGCAGAGCGCGGCGUUGGCGUCGCACCGGCGUAGCCACGGCGGGGAGAAACCCUUCGCCUGCCUCGACUGCGGCAAAAGUUUCGGUCUGGGAGCCAACCUCCUCCGGCAUCGGCGAACCCACGCUGGCGGCAACCCGCGGAGCUGCCGGGACUGCGGGAAGGAGGUGGGGUCCGGUACCGUCGUCGCCGGAUCGGCACCGCGUUCCGCCGGCCAGAAACCGUACAAGUGCGUCGACUGCGGGAAAAGCUUCGGCCGCCCCAAGCAGCCCCCCGGCAACUCCCCGGCGAAACGGCGUCGCCGGGAUGGCGCCGGCGGUGAAAAGCCGCCGACCGUGGCCAUCCCCAACACUUGCGCCGAAUGUUGGCAAAGCUUCAGCCAGAAUUCGGAUUUGGUGAAACACAUGCGCAUCCACACCGGCGAGAAACCGUACGCCUGCCCGCACUGCGGCAAACGCUUCAACGUCAGCUCCAACCUCAUCCGCCAUCAACGCAUCCACACCGGCGAGAAACCGUACGCCUGCUCCGACUGCGGCAAGAGCUUCACCGACAAAUCCACCCUCACCCAGCACCGGCGUAUCCACACCGGCGAGAAACCGUACGUCUGCGCCUACUGCGGCAAGAGCUUCAGCCGUAGCUCGCAUCAUAAGCGACAUCAGCGAACCCACGCCGGGCAAAAUCCCAUCUCCCUCCUGCCCCUCUGGCCGUACCCCAGCCAGCCCUGCUAGGGGGUGGGGGGGGGGACACACCACACACACACACACACGCGUGCGACACG